ACUCAACACUGUCAAAAGUCUCACGCAAAUGCAUUCCCAUUGUCAAAAAGUCCAAAAAAACAUUAAUUCGUAAAAUAAAAGUGCUCGUUUUGAAGAUAUAAAGAAGUGAAAAACAAUACACAAUGUCGGAUUUGAAAAUUGUGGCCGCAAGUAUAGUAAACUUUCUGAAACAGCAACUGGACAGCAACAACCUGAGCGCGGACUCGCGCGAGAGUGUGGAGGUCGGCGUGCAGUGCAUCGAGACGGCGUUCGAGGUGAGCCCCGAGGACGCGGCGCGCGGCCUGGACCUGGUGCGGCUGGUGCGCGAGCACCUCGGCAAGACGCAGGCGCCGCCCGAGACGCGCGCCGUGGCCGAGGCGCUCAAGAACGAGGGCAACGAGCUCAUGAAGGCGGAGCGGCACCGCGAGGCGCUGGACAAGUACAGCAAGGCCAUCGAGCUGGACCCGCGCAACGCCGUGUACUUCUGCAACCGCGCCGCCGCCAACUUCAAGCUGGGCGAGCACGAGACGGCGGUGGCGGACUGCACGGCGGCGCUGGCGCUGCAGCCGGACUACGGCAAGGCGCACGGGCGGCUCGGGCUGGCGCUCACGGCGCUGGACCGCCACCGCGAGGCCCGCGCCGCCUACGCGCGCGCCGCGCAGCUCGAGCCCGACAACGAGUCCUACCGCACCAACCUGCGCCUGGCCGAGGAGAAGCUGGCGCAGGGCGGGGGCGCCGCGCCGCUGGACCUGGGCGGCCUGCUGCAGAACCCCGCGCUGCUCAACAUGGCCACGGAGAUGCUCGCCGACCCCAACAUGCAGAACCUGAUCUCGGGGCUGAUGACGACGACGGCGCCGGCGGGCGGCGCGGCGCCGGGCGCGGGCGGCGGCAUGAACGCGCUGCUGGAGGCGGGGCAGGCGCUGGCGCAACACAUGCAGGCGGCCAACCCCGACCUGGUCGAGCAGCUGCGGCGCCAGGUGGGCCCGCGCCCGCCCGGCCCCGGCAACCCGCAGUAGACCCCCGCCUCGGACGUAGCCACACGGCAUGGAUACAGGGUGCAACUCCAUGCAGGCCUUUUGUUUUUAAUUUAAAUAAUUUAUGAAUCACAAUAUUUUGUUGCAAUCAGUAGAAGAGAUGUAUCUUCGUCCUGUAUAUAUCGCCUUUUAGGUUAGGACCGAUUCUGCCAAUUUACCCUUGAAAUAUGCAGCUGUCUGCAUAUUUGGUUAAUAAUUUUGUUUAAAGCAUUUAUGGUUCUAUACUUACUUGUAGUUGUUCAUGACACAUUCACUAGUGUGAAGUGAUAGUCGAGGGGGGGAGAGUGGAGAGUGUAAGGUUGUUAAGAGGACUGUGGUCAGACAUCACUUAUCUCUACUAACAUGUACCAAAAUAUGUGUUGAGGUAAUGGUAGUUUUAACUCUUUAAAAUAAAAAUAUUCCUAGCUAAGAAAUGAAAUUUGGAUUUGUUAAAUAAAUUUAUGGAAAUAUCA